AUGGAGCAUCCUUUUGAACCUAAUUUUACUAUCAUGAAUGAUCUCUCCAAUGGAUUCCUUGGCAAGACAUUUCUUCUCAAGCAUAACGAGAGUAGCGGCACGUUUGUUUGCAAGAUGAUUUCGAAGGAAUUUCUUGGAAAUUCAGAUAUGGUAAAGGCGUUUAUUGAUAAAAUCAAGCACUUGCAAGAUCUCAAUCUCACUUUUAUUGUUAAUUACACAGAUAUUCUCGAAACAGAAACAACCAUUUACUUAAUUCGCCCAUAUUUUAACUCGCAAACACUUUCAUCUUUUUUGCAAUCUCCAGAUAAGCAGCACGAUGUUAAUAUUGUUGCAUUAUGGAAAACAAUAGCGCGCAGCAUUAUGAUAUUGCACAACAACAACAUUUCUUCUCUUCCAAUCAAACCGUCAAACAUUCUUAUUUUCAAUGAGAAAUUCAUUAGUUUAACAGACAUGUAUGAAAUAAAGAGCAACAUUCGCUGGUCAUUGGAGACAAUUGAUAGGAAACACUUGUUAUUCAUUCCGCCAGAAUUUUUCACAGAUUCAACUAAACUUGGCCCCAGGUCAGAUACUUGGUCCCUAGGCGUUUUAUUUGCGUACAUGAAAGGUGCUACUCUCCCUUGGAAUUGCUCCAACGUUUUUACUAUGGUGAAGAAAAUUACUAAUGGAGAGCUGCCAACUGGCCUUCCUGAAGAUUGUUCUGCAAACGUAGAAAGAAUGCUUCAGGUUUCUCCAAAAAACAGACCACAAAUUGAAGACGUAAUCUUUGAUGAUAAUUUCAGAACACCAAAAAAGCGAAGACAGAGCGAACCCUUGAAAUCUUCAUCUACAUUUGAUAUUUCAAGACACACUCCACCAGUAUUACCUGUAAUGCUCUCUUUAUCUAAAUAUCGUACUUCACCUCAACUUACAUCGCAGACAAGUGAAUCGACUAUACUUAUAAGACGCAGAUAUUACACUAAAACUCUAUCAGAACCAAAAAGCAAACCUCCACUCCCACGCCCAAUCUUAAAGAAACCAAUACGUGCUGUGACAUCUGAUCUCUGA